UUUUUUUUUCUUUUCUUUAUUUUUUUGAACAAUGUCUGACAAAGAAAACGAGCCAAUUGAUACAAACCAAUUUGACGAAGAACCCGAUUUCUCUAAACUCAAAAAGAAGAAGAAAUCCAAAAAGAAGGUCGAUUUUGAUACCGAAGCAGAUGCAACCGAACAACAACAACCAGAAGAAGUUGGUGACGAUGCUCCUCAAGAUGAUGAUGCUGAAGCUGAUCCCGAUGCCAUGUUUGCUGAUUUGAAAAAGAAGAAAAAGAAGAAGUCCAAGCCUGUUGAAGAUGAUGCUGCUGGAGAAGAAGCUACUCCUGAAGGUACAGAAGAAGAUUUGGACUUUGGUGCUUUGAAAAAGAAGAAGAAGAAGAAGAAAAAUAUGGCCGAAUUUGAAGCUGAAUUGUCAGAACAACAAGGUGGUGAUGAAGAUGAAAACAAUAAUGAAGAUUCAACAAAAUCUGCAAAUGAAGAAGCAUGGCUUAAGAGUGACCGGGAUUACACCUAUGAUGAACUUCUUGGUCGUGUAUUUAACAUUUUGCGACAAAAUAAUCCUGAAUUGGUUGGUGAAAAGAAACGAUACACAAUUGUUCCUCCUUCUAUUCAUCGUGAAGGCAAUAAGAAGACCAUCUUUGCUAAUGUCGCUGAUAUUUCCAAACGUCUUCAUCGUGAACCUGAACAUGUGAUUCAAUUCUUAUUUGCUGAAUUGGGUACUACUGGAUCUGUUGAUGGUGCUCAACGUUUAAUUAUCAAGGGUCGUUUCCAACAAAAACAAAUUGAAAAUGUGUUACGUCGAUAUAUUGUUGAAUAUGUUACUUGUAAGACCUGUAAAUCUCCUGAUACUAUUAUGACCAAGGACAAUCGAUUGUACUUUGUUCAAUGUGAAGCUUGUGGUUCUACUCGAUCAGUAUCUGCUAUCAAGACUGGUUUCAAGGCUCAAACUAAGGAAGACAGACGUGCUCUUAGGGCUUAAAUGUUGUUAUAGUUUUAUUUAUCCCAUCUUUUUGUUGUUUUAUCAUUCAUCACCAUCAAAAAUAAAAAUCAGUAUUUACUUCAUUUCA